AUGGAAAAAUUAUAUUUUGUAUUCUUCCUGGCAAUCUGCACAAUUCCAAAUUUAAGUCACGGCGAAUGUUGUUAUAAGGAAAAAUUAUUAUUUCAAAAGUCGGACAGGAAUUUAAGUUGCGCACAUUUUGGCGGAGGAAUAGCGAGUACAAAUAAUGGUGUGACAACUCCAUUAAGAUUAACCGAGUACGAAUAUAAUGUUAAAUAUGGACAUUGUGAAAUAUUCGUUUGUCAAAAUGGGAGACCACCAGGCGAAGGAACAUACUGUGGCAAUGGUCCUUGCAAUAUAUUUGGCUGCAAUUGCGACAAUGGCUGUGUUCAAGGACACGCUCCAAGUUACUUUCAAGCCAUUUACCGAGAUGAGGUCUAUAACGUAAGAUAG